UCUCACACAUUCUCACAAACACACCCAGGCUCCUGCCCUCAUUUCUCUGCACCGCUGCAAACAUGGUCGAGGCUUUCUGCGGCACGUGGAACCUGAAGGAGAGCGACAAGUUUGACGAUUACAUGAAAGCUCUGGGUGUGGGCUUCGCCACUCGUACAGUGGGCAACAUGACCAAGCCCACCACCAUCAUAAGUGUGGACGGCGAUAAGGUGACGGUGAAGACCCAGAGCGCCGUCAAGAACACAGAGUUGACCUUCAAACUGGAUGAGGAGUUCGAUGAGGUCACCGCCGACGACAGGAAGGUUAAGUCCUUAGUGAAGAUAGAGAAUGGGAAGUUGGUCCACGUACAGAAAUGGGACGGCAAGGAGACCACUUUGGAACGGGCAGUCGACGGAAAUAAGCUCACGCUGACUCUGACAAUGGGAGACGUUGUUUGCACGCGUCGYUACGAGAAGGCGGAAUGAAAACCAACAUGGCGUCCCAACCACGACACCCGAAAUCGACAUCAGCUAAAGCCCCAAAAACUCCUUAAUACCACUUAAAACAUGAAAAAGAUGAGCAAAGUCUUUAUAUGGCUGCUGAUUACUCUGUGUCUGACUUUCAGUAUUAAUGUUACUGCUGACAUUGACUUACUGUCUCUUUUUUGUUUGUUUUGUUCUUUCUUUUAUUCUAGGAAACACUGAAUAAAUUCCAAUGAUUCAUGAUUUUUUUUUGUUUUGUUUUGUUUUGUUUCAAUAAAACUCUCUUUUUUGUAGUGGAAUGUACUGUGCAUGGUGCUUCAAACUACCUUGGAAAAGUUUUGGAACAUAAAUGUUUUCUUCUUGAAGAUCUGAAACGUUACAAAUAAAAAAAACAGUGUCCAAACUGACAAA